GUAAAAAGGUUAACCGUUUGACAUAAAUUUAAGACGUUGCUCAGUUUUUUUUAAAGUAUUGUUUUCCAAAAGAGCUAAAUAGCUAAUAGUUAUGGACUACUUUUCUCAGCGGAGGGGAUAUCUGACCAAGGAGUGUUGCAAACGGUGCACUGAAUGGGAGCAGUCAGUGAAUUCGAGUGAUAUCAACGCCAGCCUGUAGUGCCCUACUGCUGCACUGCACAUCAACAUUUUACUUUUGGGGCAAUUGGGGCACUUACAGUAAAAUACCGCAUUUAUACCUCCUCGUGUCCCCUUCCCCUUUCCUUCUCUCUGUGGACAGUCCUAACAUAAAGCUUCAAGAAUGGCACAGAUACUGCCGAUACGAUUUCAGGAACAUCUGCAGCUGCAGAACCUGGGGGUGAACCCGGCCAACAUCGGCUUCAGCUACCUGACCAUGGAGUCCGACAAGUUCAUCUGCAUCCGGGAGAAGGUGGGCGAGCAGAACCAGGUGGUCAUCAUCGACAUGGCCGACCCCAGCAACCCCAUCCGGCGCCCCAUCACCGCCGACAGCGCCAUCAUGAACCCCACCAGCAAGGUCAUCGCCCUCAAAGCUGCCAAGACCCUCCAGAUCUUCAACAUUGAGAUGAAGAGCAAGAUGAAGGCCCACACCAUGACAGAGGAAGUCAUGUUCUGGAAGUGGAUCUCCGUCAACACCGUGGCCCUGGUGACCGACGCGGCCGUCUACCACUGGAGCAUGGAGGGCGACUCGCAGCCAAUCAAAGUGUUUGACCGCCACGCCAGUCUGGCCGGCUGCCAGAUCAUCAACUACAGAACGGACCAACAACAGAAGUGGCUGCUGCUCAUCGGAAUCUCUGCUCAGCAAAACCGCGUGGUGGGAGCCAUGCAGCUGUACUCGGUGGACAGGAAGGUGUCGCAGCCCAUCGAGGGCCACGCCGCCGCCUUCGGGGAGUUCAAGGUGGAGACCAACACGGCCCCGUCCACGCUCUUCUGCUUCGCUGUCCGCUCCCAGGCCGGGGGCAAGCUGCACAUCAUCGAGGUGGGCCAGCCAGCGACAGGGAACCAGCCGUUCACUAAGAAGGCUGUGGAUGUGUUCUUCCCUCCCGAGGCCCAGACAGACUUCCCCGUCGCCAUGCAGAUUGGCACCAAGCACGGUGUGAUCUACCUGAUCACCAAGUAUGGCUACAUCCACCUGUAUGACCUGGAGUCCGGGGUGUGUAUCUACAUGAACCGGAUCAGCGCCGAGACCAUCUUCGUGACGGCGCCGCACGAGCCCACCUCGGGCAUCAUCGGGGUGAACAAGAAGGGCCAGGUGUUAUCAGUGUGUGUAGAGGAGGAGAACAUCGUCAACUAUGCCACCAACGUUCUCCAGAACCCCGACCUGGGCCUGAGGAUGGCCGUCAGGUCCAACCUGGCCGGCGCAGAGGAGCUGUUCAGCAGGAAGUUCAACACGCUCUUCACCCAGGGGUCCUACUCUGAGGCGGCCAAGGUGGCCGCCUCGGCCCCCAAGGGAAUCCUGCGCACAGCGGAGACCAUCUGUAAGUUCCAGAGCGUGGCGGCCCAGCCGGGCCAGGCCUCCCCGCUGCUGCAGUACUUUGGCAUCCUGCUGGACGCGGGCCAGCUCAACAGGCUGGAGUCCCUGGAGCUGUGCAGGCCCGUGCUGCAGCAGGGACGCAAGCAGCUGCUGGAGAAGUGGCUCAAAGAGGACAAGCUGGAGUGCUCUGAGGAGCUGGGAGACCUGGUGAAGGCAGCAGACCCCACCCUGGCCCUCAGCGUCUACCUCAGGGCCAACGUACCCAGCAAGGUCAUCCAGUGUUUCGCUGAGACCGGACAGUUCCAGAAGAUCGUGCUCUACGCCAAGAAGGUGAACUACAGCCCAGACUGGGUGUUCCUGCUGAGGAACGUGAUGCGAGUCAGUCCAGACCAGGGGCUGCAGUUUGCCCAGAUGUUGGUUCAGGAGGAAGAACCUCUGGCCAACAUCAACCAGAUAGUGGAUGUGUUUAUGGAGGGCAAUCUGGUCCAGCAGUGUACCUCCUUCCUAUUGGACGCCCUGAAGAACAACCGCCCUGCAGAGGGCCACCUACAGACACGCCUACUGGAGAUGAACCUCAUACACGCACCGCAGGUGGCAGAUGCCAUCCUGGGGAAUCAGAUGUUUACCAACUACGACCGCGCCCACAUCGCCCAGCUGUGCGAGAAGGCCGGCCUCCUGCAGAGGGCGCUGGAGCACUACACCGACCUGUACGACAUCAAACGAGCCGUCGUGCACACACACCUGCUCAACCCUGAGUGGCUGGUGAACUUCUUCGGCUCCCUCUCAGUGGAGGACUCGGUGGAGUGUCUGAGAGCCAUGCUGUCUGCCAACAUCCGGCAGAACCUGCAGCUGAGUGUCCAGGUGGCCUCCAAGUACCACGAGCAGCUGGGCGCCAACACCCUGGUGGAGCUGUUCGAGUCCUUCAAGAGCUACGAGGGCUUGUUUUACUUCCUGGGGUCGAUUGUAAACUUCAGCCAGGACCCGGACGUCCACUUCAAGUACAUCCAGUCGGCCUGUAAGACGGGCCAGAUCAAGGAGGUGGAGAGGAUCUGCCGCGAGAGCAACUGCUACGACCCGGAGAGAGUCAAGAACUUCCUCAAGGAAGCCAAGCUGACCGACCAGCUGCCCCUCAUCAUCGUGUGCGACCGCUUCGACUUUGUCCACGACCUGGUCCUCUACCUGUACCGCAACACUCUGCAGAAGUACAUUGAGAUCUACGUCCAGAAGGUGAACCCCAGUCGUCUCCCGGUGGUGAUAGGAGGGCUCCUGGACGUGGACUGUUCCGAGGAAGUCAUCAAGAACCUGAUCACGGUGGUGAAAGGACAGUUCUCCACCGACGAGCUGGUGGCCGAGGUGGAGAAGAGGAACAGACUGAAGCUGUUGUUGCCGUGGCUGGAGGCUCGUAUCCAGGAGGGCUGCGAGGAGCCGGCCACCCACAAUGCCCUGGCCAAGAUCUACAUCGACAGCAACAACAACCCGGAGCGCUUCUUGAAGGAGAACACGUUCUACGACAGCGCCGUGGUCGGGCGCUACUGCGCCAAGAGAGACCCGCACCUGGCCUGCGUGGCCUACGAGAGGGGCCAGUGUGACCUGGAGCUCAUCAAGGUGUGCAACGACAACUCCCUGUUCAAGAGCGAGGCUCGCUACCUGGUCCGACGGAAGGAUCCGGACCUCUGGGCCAACGUUCUAGAAGAGAACAACCCCUUCAGAAGGCCGCUCAUAGACCAGGUGGUGCAGACGGCCCUGUCGGAGACCCAGGACCCAGAGGAGGUGUCGGUCACAGUCAAGGCCUUCAUGACGGCCGACCUGCCCAACGAGCUCAUCGAGCUACUGGAGAAGAUCGUCCUGGACAACUCUGUCUUCAGCGAGCACAGAAACCUCCAGAACCUCCUGAUCCUGACGGCCAUCAAGGCGGACCGCACGCGCGUGAUGGAGUACAUCAACCGCCUGGACAACUACGACGCCCCCGACAUCGCCAACAUCGCCAUCAGCAACGAGCUCUUCGAGGAGGCCUUCGCCAUCUUCAAGAAGUUCGACGUCAACACCUCGGCCAUCCAGGUCCUGAUAGAGCACAUAGGGAACCUGGACCGCGCCUACGAGUUUGCGGAGCGCUGCAACGAGCCGGCGGUGUGGAGCCAGCUGGCCCGGGCCCAGCUGCUCCGGGAGCUGGUGAAGGAGGCCAUCGACUCCUACAUCAAGGCCGACGACCCCUCCUCCUACCUGGAGGUGGUCAACGCCGCCAGCAAGAACGAUAACUGGGAGGACCUGGUGAAGUUCCUCCAGAUGGCUCGUAAGAAGGCGCGGGAGUCCUACGUGGAGACAGAGCUGAUCUUCGCCUUGGCCAAGACCAGCCGCCUGGCCGAGCUGGAGGAGUUCAUCAGUGGCCCUAACAACGCCCACAUCCAGCAGGUGGGGGACAGGUGUUAUGAGGAGGCCAUGUACGACGCUGCCCGGCUGCUCUACAACAACGUGUCCAACUUUGCCCGGCUGGCGUCCACGCUGGUGCACCUGGGCGAGUACCAGGCCGCUGUGGACAGCGCCCGCAAGGCCAACAGCACCCGCACCUGGAAGGAGGUGUGUUUUGCGUGCGUGGACGGGGAGGAGUUCCGCCUGGCCCAGAUCUGCGGCCUCCACAUCGUGAUCCACGCCGACGAGCUGGAGGAGCUGAUUGGCUACUACCAGGACCGGGGCUUCUUCCAGGAGCUGAUUGGCCUGCUGGAGGCGGCGCUGGGGCUGGAGCGCGCCCACAUGGGCAUGUUCACCGAGCUGGCCAUCCUCUACUCCAAGUUCAGACCCGAGAAGAUGAGGGAGCACCUGGAGCUGUUCUGGUCCAGGGUCAACAUCCCCAAGGUCUUGCGUGCAGCUGAGCAGUCUCACCUGUGGGCGGAGCUGGUGUUCCUCUAUGACAAGUACGAGGAGUUUGACAACGCUGUCAUCACUAUGAUGUCACAUCCUACGGACGCGUGGAAGGAGGUCCCGUUCAAGGACAUCAUCGCUAAGGUGGCCAACGUGGAGCUGUACUACAAGGCUCUCCAGUUCUACCUGGACUACAAGCCUCUGCUGAUGAACGACCUGCUCACCAUCCUCUCCCCGCGGCUCGACCACAGCCGCGCUGUCGCCUACUUCAACAAGAUGAGCCAGUUGAAGCUGGUGAAACCCUACCUGAGAUCUGUCCAGAGCCACAACAACCAGGGAGUGAAUGAGGCCCUCAACAACCUGCUGACCGAGGAGGAGGACUACCAGGGCCUGAGGGCGUCUAUAGAUGCCUAUGAUAACUUUGACACCAUCAGCCUGGCCCAGCGCCUGGAGAAGCACGAGCUGAUCGAGUUCCGCCGCAUCGCCGCCCACCUGUACAAGAGCACCCACCGCUGGAGGCAGAGCGUGGAGCUCUGCAAGAAGGACAAGCUCUACAAGGACGCCAUGCUGUACGCCGCCGAGUCGAAGGAGGCGGAGCUGGCGGAGGCGCUGCUGCAGUGGUUCCUGGAGGAGGGCAGGAGGGAGUGCUUCGCCGCCUGCCUCUUCACCUCCUACGACCUGCUGCGGCCCGACGUGGUGCUGGAGACGGCCUGGAGGCACGGCCUGGUGGACUUCGCCAUGCCCUACUUCAUCCAGGUCAUGAGGGAGUACCUCUCCAAGGUGGAUGAGGCGAUGGAGAAGGUGACGGUGGACAAGCUGGAGGAAGCUGAAGGUCUGAGGAAGACUGAAGAGGAAGUGACUGAACCUGCAGCCAUAGUGUUUGGCCAGCAGCUGAUGUUGACGGCAGGCCCGGCCCCCGUGGCCCCCCAGCCAGGCUACCCCCCCUACGGCUACGCAGCUCCUGGUUACCCCACCCAGACGCCCUACGGAUACAACAUGUAGACCCCCACACGCACACACACAGCCCCUGA